UUAAAUUUUAUUUGAAAAUGAACGAUAAUGUAAAGGAAAAAAAGUGAAGGGUUGAGGCGGAGGUGGGUCACCCUUCUUUCUGGCUUCCAUGGAGGUCGCUGCAAGCUCUGUGAAUUCUUCUUUUUCUCUUCGUUGCACUCUCAAUGCCCCUUUUCAUACCAUUUCCACUCCAAAGGUGUCACAAUGGAAGUGUUUUUCGUUAAGGGUAAUAGAAUCUCGGUUUCCAUUGGCACAUGGAAGGAAGAAAGGUGUUGGUUCUAGAAAUAGGGGUUAUGGAAAAGAAUUUUCAAAUGGGGUGGUGUCACGGAUAAGCAGCAUAUGCUAUCCUCAGUGUGGCUAUUUUCCAUCAAGUUGGGGUUUCAUUGCCAAAAGGAGGAAAUGUAACAGUCUUCUAAGACUUAAGGAUUGUUCAGAAAACAUAAGACAACAUGCUUCUGUGCUGUUUGUGCGGCUGGUUACUGGAGUGAUGUUGGUCAUGUCUGUUUCUUUGGCCUCUAGUGAACCAUCUUGGGCCCUGUCUGAGGAGAAUCUCCUCUUUCUGGAGGCAUGGAGAACAAUUGAUCGGGCAUACAUUGAUAAAAGUUUUAAUGGACAGAGUUGGUUUAGGUAUAGGGAAGAUGCACUCCGCAAUGAACCAAUGAACAAUCGAGAAGAGACAUAUAUGGCAAUAAGAAAAAUGCUUGCCACAUUGGAUGAUCCGUUCACUAGAUUUUUGGAGCCUGAAAAGUUCAGAAGUUUGAGGUCUGGAACUCAAGGCGCCCUAACUGGAGUGGGGUUAUCAAUAGGCUACCCUACUAAAACUGACAUGCAACCUGGUGAACUUGUUGUCAUAUCAGCUUCUCCCGGAGGUCCUGCAUAUAGAGCUGGUGUUUUGUCUGGAGAUGUUAUCCUGGCGAUUGAUGAUACAAGCACGGAAAACAUGGGGCUAUAUGAUGCAGCUGAACGCCUACAGGGACCUGAAGGAAGCUCUGUAGCCUUGACAAUUCGUAGUGGUUUGGACAUAAAACACCUAGCAUUGACGCGAGAGAAAGUUUUACUGAAUCCAGUGAAGUCAAGACUGUGCAAGCUACCUUCUUCAGGAAAUGAUUCCCCAACAAUUGGUUAUAUCAAACUAACAACUUUCAACCAAAAGGCAUCCAGUGCUAUCAAAGAAGCAAUCAAUACAUUAAGGAGUGAUAAUGUUAAUGCAUUUGUUUUGGACCUUAGAGAUAAUAGUGGUGGUCUUUUCCCAGAAGGAAUUGAGAUUGCCAAAAUUUGGUUGGACAAAGGGGUGAUUGUGUAUAUUUGUGAUAGUCGCGGCGUCCGAGAUAUACUUGAUACAGAUGGAAGUAGCGCUCUAGCAACUUCAGAACCUUUGGCUGUACUGGUAAACAAGGGAACUGCAAGUGCAAGCGAAAUAUUAGCUGGUGCAUUGAAAGAUAAUAAACGGGCCAUAUUGUUUGGAGAGCCAACAUUUGGAAAAGGGAAGAUCCAAUCAGUUUUUCAGCUCUCAGAUGGCUCUGGAUUAGUUGUUACAGUUGCUCGCUAUGAGACACCGGCACAUACAGAUAUUAACAAGGUUGGUGUCAUUCCUGACCAUCCUCUGCCAACAUCAUUUCCUAAGGAUGAGGAUGCAUUAUGCAAUUGCUUUCAGGAUCCUGCAUCUUCUUGUUAUGUCAAUAGGGUCCAGCUAUUUUCAAAAUGAUGGUUUUUGGGGGUUGUUGUACAUUAAUUCUUUGUGAAAUAUUUCAAUUCUUUAACAGAGCAUAUGUUUUGGGGCCUUAUUGAGCAAAGUAACAUUGUUGCCAAAAGUAUCUGAACGUAUAUGAAAAAUUGAAAACCAAUGACUAGAGAUUUUUGUUCUUGAAAA